CGUUUAGAACAAAUACUUCCGUCGUCACGCGCGGCAGACCUCAGUCCCCUACCACAUCGCCAUCGCUCAGCGAGCUUUCUGUUGACUAUACGAGCUCGUCGACCAACCCGCCUUUAUCCAAAAUGACUUCGCUACGAGGAGAUGAACACGCUAGCCCGGACAGUGGAUAAUACAAUGCCCCUCGCCUCGAAGGGCAGCCAGCGGAGGUUACGACUGACGGCCUCAGCCGGCGUACCCCCUUCCCCGACGACUCCUCUGCAAGCAACGCAAGCUUCCUCAGCAACACGCCCUCGCUCUGCGAUUCGUCCUUCUCAUCAAAUGCGUCUUCCUACUUCGGCGACUCGCUCUCUCUGAAUGGUCUUUCCGUCAAUGGCUCGAAGUCAAACCUGUCAUUUAACGUCAGUAA